UGGAUAUUAACAUGUGAUGGUGGUAGUGGUGGAAAUGAGUCUCAUACGAUACGCACCCACACAAGCGGAACUAUCUAACGAACGUAUCUUCACCCCUGCCUGCCUCCCUCCUAUCCCUCUCAACACAUACUAGCUAGUUGGUCUCUUCCUCUCGAACUCUCGGCUGCCGCCGCUGCUGCUGCUGCUGGUGGUGGUGGUCUUGGUGGUUGUCAUCCGCCCCAUCCUCGACCAUGAGCUGCUCCCACGCCUCUGGCCGCACUAUUUCCUUGAGGGCCCUCGCUACCUGCCCACCACCACUACCACCAUCAUGGUCAUGCUGCAGCUCAGACAGACUGGCCUGGAGGUGCUCCAAUGCGCCACACCGGCUGCCGCCGUCUGCCUGGUCGGCCGACUGGCACUUGCGGAACAGCUGCUCGGGGCUGCCGCCCUCCGUCAACACCUUCCUGCACACACACACACACACACACAGACACAGACACAGUCUCUCACUGGGGUGUGGUGUUGAUCAUGCCUUGUUGCCCUUGCCCUGCUUACAUGAUGUCGUGGAUGAAGGUCGUGAGUCGAUGUGUCUUGAGGUAUGUGUGCAGCAGGGCGGUGGCCUGCCGCACGUGGAAGCGGCCGAGCAGGUGCUGCAGCAGCAGCGUCACUCGGCACGUCGACACGGCGUGAUGCAUCACCUCGCUAAGCGCCCCCCUGCUUGUGAGGAGCGCCGGGUCGUCCUCGGCAGACGACUGCGAUGAAGAAGGGCCCGACAGCACCGCUACCAAGUCGUUGUAGUGGCCCCCGUCAACCACACACUGACACAACAGCCGAACAGAGAUAGAUAGAUGUGUGCCGACGGUCAGACAAGUGAGUACCUUGACUAGGAUGGUUCUAUAUGCGACCGGACAGGCCUGGCUCCAGAAGCCCAGGCACCGCACCGCCACCAGCGGCUCCCUCUGCACCAGCUGCGCUUCCAGCACACCCACAUCCACCGACGAGGGCAGCAGCUGCAGCAACGCUAGCAGCACCGUCGCCAGCCGACACUCCACCUCUCGCAGAUCCCCCUGCACCGCCGCAAGAAGCUUGCCCGAGUCAGCAACGGCAGACGUCAGCUGUGGUGUGCCGAGGGCCGCGUGAAGUGGGCCGUGGAUGUCGCUGUGCAGUGAUUGGAUGAGGGCGGGGGGUGCGUGUGGGAGGCCGUCGUCAGGUGUGGAGAGGGCGACGAGGGAUGAGAGGGCUGCGAUGGUGCGUGCGAUGAGGGCCUCGAUGUUGAGGUAGGGCAGGGAGGGCGACCGCUGGAUCGACAUGCUCAGCGAAUCCAACCUGAUCCAUCCAUCCAUCCAUCCAUCUCGCAAAACCAAUCUCUGGGCUGCUUUCCACCUGUGUGUGUGUCCCUCACUGACCAGCACGUGAACGACGGCGGCACGAGUCGUCUGCCCUCCUCCUGGGCAUGAACCGUCCUCCUGUCCAUCGGCCCCCCAGGUGCCCUGGCCUCGUCGAUGGCCUCCCGCACCCGCCCCGCAUACGCCUCCACCGCCCUCAUUGGGGCCUCGAACACAGCCUGCAGCGCCUGCAGCAGCUCGCCGUCAUCUGCGGGCAGCGCGAAGGCCAGGCCCUCUUGCAGCGCCCCGACGAACUCCCGGAUGAAGCCGGCAUUGGUGUUGAGGUCGCCCUCGGCCGUGAGUGUCUCGUGGCUGGGCGUCUUUGUGUGUGCGAGGAGGGAUGUGAGGACACUGGCGAGCAGGGAGGCGUCGGCGAUGUGGAAGUCGAGACAGAGGCUGGCGAUGAGCUGCAGGGUGGGGGGGUCGGACCGGUGCUUCUGCCCGCGCCAGAGGGACCGCGCCAGGCCGGCCUUCUCGCAGUGGUAGAACUUCUUGAUCUCCUGUAUGCCAUGCGGUGACACACAAGACAGGACAGGGGCCGUGCCGUCACUGCAUCCCAUCGCUCUGUGGUCGUGCAGGGUGUGGUUCGUUCGCCACCUCAGCUGACCUGCACGACUCCGAGGCUCUGGAGGCAGUGCAGGUAGUAGUAGUGCAUCCAUAUGACCUCGAGGUCCUUCCAUGGCUUGCCAUAAAUCCUCUCUAUCACGUCCGUCGGCGCCACCCGGAAUAUCACCGCCAUCGCCCGGCACUUGCCGUCGUGCGCGAACCGCGUCUCGGCCUUGAAGCUGAGGCUCAGCAGGUGCUUGACCGCCGGGUCCAGGUGCCCCCCGCCCACCACAAAGGCCACCCGGUCCACACACAGGAGGUCCGCCGUGUCCUGUGCAAACAGGCCCUUGCCCAGCUUGCCCCGCCUCAUCGCCCCAAACGGACUGGUCGCCCGCUGCUUGCCCACGCUGCCCUUGUCGAGGUAGCAUAAUGCGUCCAGCCCUUCCAGCAGCGCCGACGACUCGAUGGCGUCGAUCGCCUGCAGGGCCGUUUUGCCCGGCUGACAAUCAGAUGGAACCAGUGGGCGAGAGGGCACAGCUGCAGCACUGGCGGCUGGGUCUGCCGGCGGGGGCUGGGACUCGUUCGCCAGGGCGGCCUUGCGCGGCGUCCAUUGGGCGUCGGACAGCCACUCCUCCACCCAGCUCUUGCGGAACGGUGCCGCGUCGAUGCUGAGGUAGGCGCAGAGGUUCUCGGCCACCGUGUGCAGCGACUGCGCCUCUUGGCGGCAGUGGUCGGGGGAGAGGGUCUGGUGGAUGCGCUGCUGGACUGGUGUGGCGAGGGUGUAGUGUGUGGGCCGCAUGAGUAUGGGUAUGAGGUAGAAGUAGAGGGCCUUGAUGGCCAGCUGCGGGUCGGCCAGCAACAGGUCCUCGAACAGCUCCAGGUGGUGCUGCCGCAGCUCCCACUGCGCACUCAGCAGGUCGUGCAUCUGCUUGAACGUCCGGGAAGGCGCCGGGCACAGCGGUGGGGGGGCCACACGCGGCCGCCCAUACAGCGACCCCGCGCUCGCCACCGUGGCCUGGUCGUCAUCCACCGCCCGUGCCGCCACGGGCGCGGGCGUCGAACCAGUGUCGGGGUCGAAUCGGCAGGCCCACUUGGUGAGGGCCAGCUUGGCGGGACCCAAAGGCAGCCGCCUGAUGACCUUGUCGGCCAUGGUGCGUGCCGCCAUGGUGUCGUUGACCUCCCCCAGGUGGUGCUGCACAGCCGCCAGGUCCAAUGCGGUGUCAGGUGGCUGUGGCGAUGGGCCGCCGGGCAGCGGGGGGAAGAGUGGCGUGUGCGAAUCUCGGAUGGCGUUGUCGACAGCCUGGAGGUGGAGUGUGUCGGGUGAGAGGGAGAGGGGCUCGGUGAGUGGGAGCAGGGUGGCGAUGUUGGUGAGGUCGACCUCUGGCGCCAGGAUUUGCAGCGCCUCGUGAGGCGAACUCAGCAGCUGCAAAAAUAGUGAGUGAGUGCAUCACAUCACAUGUGAGUGACAGAGUGAUAGAGCGAGCGGUGAGUCCGGCACUCAGCAGCUCACCGGAUGGAGGGGGAGACGCUCGUAGGCAAGGCUCUUGAAUAUCUGACACACACACACACACACACACAGGGGCACAUUGACUAUCUUCCACGUGUUCAUUGUGGGCUGUGGGUGGCGGUCAACUGUCUGUCUGUCUGACCUCUUCGGCUUCUCUGCUGCGAGUGUUGGGCAUGCCCUCGGCACCGCUCAGCUCGACACCACUCGGCGGACACACGCGCCUGCCACACACACACACACACACGCACAUGAAACACCUCCCUCCCUCCGUCCCGCUCUCUCUGCUUCACUUGUAUGUCUCGAGCACUUGCAGCGCCAUCAGCCCCCGCUGCGCCAGCGUCAGGAUGACGGCGUGCGGCACCGAUGGCGACAGGUUGUGAAUCACCGACACCGCAGGGCUGGAGUCGGGCGACAGGGCGAAGAAGUCACUGUCACUGUCACAGCGCUGGUCCCUCGGCCGCCGCUUGUCGAUGUCGUCGAGCAGGCCGAAUAUGAAUCUCAGUCGCUGGUAGUCGUAGGGCGACACGCGGGUGUAGCACUGCUGGGUGAGCAGGGUCUCCAGCCGCUGGGAGCCGAGGGCGUCCGUCAUGGCCAGACCCAACGGGAUGGCCGUCAUGUAGUAGGGGUCCAGCUCGUGGGUGGUGGUGUGGGUAAGGCGAGAAUAUGGUGCCUGCACAGACAGGACACACACGAGCCGAGCCGCCAAACAUUAAUUGCCCGGAGGGACGUCGGUGGUUUAAUCUAUGCCUCCCCUCCCUCCCUCCUCCCUCCCUCCCUCACCAUGUGCCCUUUGCAACUGUGGCCGAUCGGUCCGGCGGCAUUGCUGCUAUGUGCUCUGUGUUUCUUGUGUGUCUGUUUCUCGGUUGUGUGUGGGGUGAGGAGGAAUAGCUGGACCCAGAGGCCGACAACCUCCUCCUCUGGUAUGAGGUAGUCGUUGCCGUACUCAAGGGCGGUGUCGAGGUCGAAGGCGCUCUUCUCGAGCAAUGGUUUGAGCAAACGGCGCUGGUACCGAUGCAGGCUGUCAGGCUGCUUCGGGUCGCCCUUGUCGUAAUACCUGAAUGCCCGGUAUAUAUACGAGGGAGGGGGAGAGGGGGAGAGGGGGAGAGAACGAACGGACGGCUGUAGGUGGACAUUUCUGUCCGUGUCUGUGUGUCUGUGUGGUCUGUGUGUGGUGAGCUGGCUGACUCGGAGAGGUUGAGGUCGAUGUUGAGAAGGUCCAUGUGUUGGCACCACUUGCUGUUCUUCUGCACACGCUCCAUCUCCAGCCGCAUCAAACUGUCCUUCCAAAAGUUCCUGAAUGGGAAACCACACACACACAUGGGUGUUUUCUCCCGCCCCCCACUCUCACUGACUCACCCGAAGAGGUCGAUUCCGAGCCUGGAGAGGCACUGUAUGAGGUGCUGUUUGUCGCCCACAUGGUGGAUGGUGGGUUUGAAGACCGCCGAGAAGGCGUGUCGCUUUAUGAGGCCGCUCAGGUAGCCGAGGGCCAGCUCGUUGUCGAUCCUGUGAGGCAUCCGCAUCAGCUUACGCGCAAUCUGAGCAAACAAGUGGAUAAGCCAUCCAUCCAUCCAUCCAUUGAUCGGCCUCGGUGUCUGGUUAUCUUGUGUGUGUGUGUGUCUGUGCGUGUGUACGUCAGUGCAUGCGAGAGUGAGUUCGCUGACGUCGACCAGGAGCGGGUGUCGGAGUAUGAGUGCGAUGCUCAGGUUGAUGCUCUCCUCGGACCGCAAUGUGUUGGCGCACUCCUGAAGCACACCCACCACACACAACACAUCCAUCCUUGACAAAGACAGACAGACCAACAAGCGGCCGGCUGACCGUCACGAGCUCCUUGACGUCUUUGACCUGCUGCUCUGGCAUGGUCUUCUCGAGCGUCUGCCACACCCAUCCUACACAUACACACACACACACACACACAGAGGAGAGAUCACCUCCACACCGUCUCUCGUCCGUCUCUGACCAGCCUCCAGUCCCCCAGUGGCCCGCCGCAGCCCCUCCUUGAGUGCGAUGAACUCCAGUGCACGCUUCAGCGCAUCGGGGCCACGCGCUAGGUGCACCAGCUCCCGGAAGCGGCGCGAGAACAGCCGGCUCCUCACUCGGCGGAGCAUCUCGUUGGGCGAUUUGGUGCUGAGGGCCGUGGCGUCCGAUAGGUCCUCGUGCUCGCCCCACUGGCCGCUGGUUGUGAUGGUAGCGGUGGCACACUCGUUGUCGAGGCCUGUGAGGAAGAACGGACCCUCCAGUGACACACCUGUCAACACACAGCAGACAGACAGACACACAGAUGGAGAGUGACGGGUGCGACCAUUGUGUGUGUGUGUGUGACGGACCUGCGGUGUCGAGAAUGUCUGUGUGCAGGAGGUAGUCGAAGCUCCAGAGCAGGUCGUUGAGGUAUGCCACGGUCCCCUGCACCCGCGACGAAGGCAGCAGCGGCACACACGCCGUCAGCACCUCCACCAGCUGCGCGAGCCCCUGCAGCACACUCGCGGGCCGCGCCCGCUCCUCGCGACACUGCUGGUGGAAAUCGGCCACUAUCUUUCUCACCAGAUCCACCUGGUUAUUGACAAUCGCUGGAACGUCAUGGCCACCCCUCUCUCUCUCUCUCUCUCUCUCUCUGUGUGUGUGUGUGUCCUUAGUAUUGCUCACUGACCAGUGCGACAGCAGUGUCGGGUGAGGGGCUCUUGUUGAGCUCUGACAGCAGGCGGAGGCAGCUGCUGGUGGAGCCCUCGGCCACGGCCGUCCGGACACGCUGCUGCCGUAUGGACGCCUCGCUCACACCCAGCAGGCUGCCCAGCCGCAGACAGUGGGUGAAGGACAGCAGCGAGGCUGAAGUAGACUCCUCGGCUGUAGGUGAGUCGGGAGAGGGCCAUGCCACUCCGAGAGCAUCGCGCAUGGCGCCCUGACGGUGGAUGGAUGGCACACCAAUGCACGUACGCGCUCACACACUCACCAUGACCUUGUUCUUUUCUUUUCUCGGAAGUACCGUUUGUGUGAGCAGGUCCUCCUUUCUGCAGAGCGUUUCGAACAGCUGCUCGCCGGUGAUGAAAACACCACCACCGGUUGCCGCCUCCUCGUCGUCCACCACUGCCUCACCGGCCCCGUCGGCCGCCCACUCGUCCUCGGCGCUCUCAUCCUGCUUGCUGUCGAUCCAGCUGGGCCCCACAUACAGCCCGAACUGCUCCUGAAGCUUGCGCACCCGGCUGAGUGUCUCCAGGGUCUGCCAGUGGCUCCACCGCAACGCUAUCGGGGCACUCGGCGAUCCACUUGGCUGCUGCUGCUGCUGCUGGUGCUGCUGGUGGUGGUCGAGAGGGUGCUGGAUCUUGGGUGACGACCCAUCGGUGGUGGUGGUGGUGUCUUGGAGCAUGGUGUUAUCGGAUGUUUCCAGGUGCGCCUGCAGCAGCUCUGUGGCAGCGACGGCCACGACACGUGCCAGUCGCUCGAGGUCGGCUGUGGGUGAGGCUGACGGGGGGGCCUCGUUGGUGCUGGAGGAAGGGGGGGCCGCCUGAUGAGCAAACAAAGGGAUGGAUGGCACGAGAAAUGGGCUCAUGUCUGUCUGGAUGAAAUUUCAUUGUACGUUGCUGGUGCGGCUGACGAGGCAGUGGAGCUGCGGUGCUCCGUGCAGUGGGGCCAUGGCUGUGGGGUCUGCGGCGUGUAUGCUGGUGGCGAUGUCGUCGAGGUGCACCCACACACUGGACACGAAGUCCUGCAACACCGCAACACUGACACACACAGACACAUAGAGAUUACGGUGAACACUGUGUGUGUGUUGUUGUUGUUGGUUCCUUACGUGUCCUCCGCAGUGUCGGAGCAGUCCAAGAUCUCACACAGACUGAGGGUCAGCUCCUCUCUCCAGUGGUGGGGGUGCUCCUCUCCGCUGCUGUUGAUGGUGGGACUGUCCGGUCGGAAGCGGUGCACAAUGGCCCACAGGCGCUCUCGGCAGAGGUCGCGCAACGUCACGCAGUAGUGGGGGAAGGUGCGCACCAGCCUGGAAGCAACAGAGAAGUGGAUUGAUUGUGUGGUGCAUUCAUUCGGUGCAUGCCAUGGUGUUAGUUACUUGAUGGCGUCUUGAAACGACUGCUGGCCCAUGUCGGUCAGCCAGACUACGUGCUUGACCACAUUCCUGCAGCCGUGAUGGCCAUGCGACACAGUACAUGGAUGGCCAUCACUUAUGGCACCCUGAGCUGAGAGCUGGUGUUCUGUUGUCUUUGUCGCCUCGCCCUACUUACACGAAGUACUGCCCGUGCAGCUCUGAUGCGAUGAUGGUCUUGUCGACGUGGUACUUCUUGAGGAUCAGCGCCGCCGCCCGCAAGUCCAUCUGCUCCUUCAGCCCACACACCUGCAGAGACGAAGAACCAACACAGCCACACAAGACACCAACACAACACAGACAUCCAUGUGUGUGUGAGGUGUGAGCAGUGUUGUUGUGUGUGUCACGAUUGGCACCUUACCUUCUUGGUGUUCCAGGCCAUGCUCUCCUCGAGCAGCACCUCGGCGUCCUGGGACAGACCCACCUGCCUGAAGACAGCCAGUGAGCCGGGCAAUGAGCUUAGCUCGACGUGAUUCCUUUGUGUGUGGUGCGGAUGGAUGUCUGUCUGUCUGUCUGUCUACUUGCAGUGUGUGAGCAGCUGCAGCAGGCACUCGGCACGCAAGUCCUCGUCGCCAAUGCAACGCAUCAACGCCACAGCCCUACACAUACACACACGAUCCCAUCACCCUCUCCCUCCCUCCCUCCCUCCCCCACCCACCACACCCACCCCUCCCUCACCUGUUCUGCACCUCCCAGUCGAUGUCGGCCGAUGCGGUGGUGGUGAGUGUGAGGUCCUCGACCAUCCGCAUGACGUAGUCUUGCACCACACCGUCGCACGACAGACGGUGCGCCACGCAGAAGGGCGCCACGUGCUGCCGCACCUCCUCGGCUAUCAGCGAGGGCGACAGGGCACGAUUGAGCAGCCAGAAGGCCACACGCUCCCAGGAGCCGCCCUCCAGGUCGCUCAGCCGGACGGGCAGCUGAAACUGACUCCUGAACCACAUGAACAGACACACAAAGGAGAGAAAUGAGAGAGAGAGGAUGAAAGGGUGGCUGCGGUUGGUGUGUACCGGAGCUGUGCGCUUUCAACGAGUCGGCAGUAGAGGAUGCUGAUCUCGUGGAAGUGGUCUCUCCCCCUCUCGCCAUCAUCCCCACCCCCACUGCGUGUGUCGGCCGCCAUGACGGAGGGGAUGAUGGACACGUCGCCUCCCGACGGACCGCAACCGUUCCAAAACACCCCGUCCUUCACAGCCUGUAAGGGGAACCACCGGUGCUCACGAUGGUGUUGAAGUGGGCGGCUCCACGGCAGCACCGGGCCGCCAUCGGCGUCAUCAGCUGCUGUCCGAGUAUCGCUGCCAACGACCGGCGACUGACCGAUGCACACACAUGGACGGAUGGAUGGAUGGAUGAACGGAUUGUUGUCUUUUCUCGGUGGCCCACCUGUUGUCUGUGAGAGAAUAGACAUGACAGCAGGAGCAGCGAGGCGGUGGGGCUGCUGCACUGCUCCUCCAGAAGCUUGGCGCGAUCCAUCAGCCAGCUCAGGAAACGAUCCCUGCAACACAACACAGCACAUCACGGCAAGAGAGGAGGGGCAUCUGUCGACUCCAUCCAUUCCAGCUUUUGCCUGUCGUCGUCAGACAAGGCACCUGUGUCUGAUGAAAGGCAGUACGUGUGCCCGCAGCCAGCCGGGGAGCAGGGCCUCGUCCCGACCCGACAGGUCGGCAGGCAACUCCUCCAAUAUGCUCAACAGCUGCACACGCACACCCAGGCAGACGGUCGGACAGAAAGGACUAAACCACAGCCACGGUGCCAAUCCCUUCAGUGACCGUCGUUGCUGACCUCUGAUGACCGCUCGUCAUCGUCACUGCCGAAUUUGGUGGCGUGUCUGCCGACAACAGCCACCAGCUCCUGCACCCGGCCGCCCUGCGCCAGCUCCACACACAGACGCGGGAGGGACGAUUUGCGAAAGGCACCCCAACGAUGCCUGAAGUCGCCUGUGCGUGUAGACACCAGGAUACACCGGAUCGCCUCUGUGCCUUCGUGUGUGUGUGUGCACUGUCUGUCAGCCAGUCAUUCACCUGUGGUGUCCUGUGUGGGCAUUGUUUGGAGCAGCUCGAAUGUCGCGAGCCUGUGAAUGGUCUCCUGGAUCGUCAUGAGCGGCUUCGUUGAUGUGUCGCCGCCCCUGGCCGUGGUGCAGCGACGCAGCACCUCGGCUGUGCGCUUCAGCAGGUCCUUCGUCUGCACUGCAUCCCUACACACACACGGGAGCACCAAGACCUGUGCACGUCUGUCUGUGCGGCGUCGGGAUGCUGGCCGACUGACUCACUUGCACGACGCCUCGCAAGCCUGCUUGGCCACGAAGGAUGGUUUGGAGGGCGCCAGCUCCUCCAAGAGGGGCAUGAUGUCGUCGACUUGUGUGUCCUUGGCACCCUCGCAGAGCUGCUUCAGCAUCAACUCUACCUGAAGCAAGGGAGGGAAGGACAGCGCUCGUAGUGGGUGCGGGUUGCCUCUAGCUGUACUAGGCUGUGCUGACCUUGAGUCUGAGCAUCGCCUCGUUUGAGCCAGCGGCUUUGAGCGCCUGGAGCAUGGCCGACUCCUCGCCCAUGUCCUGACACCAACACAACAAACUGUGUGGCCAAGCUAUGGAUGCACAUGACAUGCAACGCCAUGCAACUCCACCCACCGCCUCCCCUCUCUCUCUCUCUUCAUCCGGCCUCACUCACCUCAUUCGGCAGCUCCUUGGGGCUCGCCAUGACGAUGUGGCCCGGCGCCCCCGCCACCAGCAGCCCCACACUGCCGCCCCCCCCUCUCUCGCACUCGUCGUCCCCCUCCAACACACACGUGGGAUACGGCAGGGACCGCCACAGUGGCGCCAUGGGGCACACUGGUGGCUUGGCUGCUGGCGGCAUGUCGAUGGAGAGGAGCUGGGUGGGUGUCUGGUGCUGCAGGCCCCAGAUCUGGACCUCGUGUGGCAGCCGGACGGCAGCACAGGUGCGCCACGACCAUGAGGGGGGCUGGGGGACGGCUGACGGCCCAGCUGUGGGGGAGGGAAGACCACCCUGGCGGAAAGGCAGCUUGAGCAACGCGACACCUGGAUCACAACGGUGGGAAGGGGCGAUGACUUCACCCACACAUUUUGUAGGGAUUUCCCUCUCCUGCUUACUCUGGAAUGCUUCAGCACCCUUGAGCUCGAUCUUGCGUAUCUUUUGCGGCAGGGGCAGCGCCAGGAAGGCCGCGAAGUCGUGCACCAUCACAACCACAACCGGACGGCCAUCCUCGCCAAUCUCACCUGAAGAACGACCGGACAAUCAGAAAGACGUAGCAUAGCAUGAUGCGUGUAGCCUAGCCUACUUUGCACGGUAUAGAGGAAUCGACGCUUGGACGUCGGCUGUUUUGCCGUGGCGGUGGUCUGUGUCUGCAUGGCGGCCGUGGCUGUGCCGGUGGACGACUCCCCCGCUGACGUGACGCUCUCCGUGUCGCUCCUCGCACCCGGCGCUCUGUCCUCCUCCCCGCCCUCCUCGACGAAGGCCACAUGGGUGUAGCCACCGACAGAUCCGUUGCCGGCCGGCCAGCACUGUUGCUCCCACAGCAUGUAGGGACCGUCACACCCAGCCUGUGUGUGACGUGACGGCAACAGGUGGGCAAGAAAGGUCGGUAGGUGCAGCGCGUCAGUCAGGGUGUGGGUGGCGUGGUGUCUGAGUGUGCUGCCUGUAGAUAGAAGCAUACGUGUAAAAGUUGGAGUGUGGUGUUGCUCCAGACACAGACGUAGCCCUGUGUCAGGGAGCUGCCUGAACGGAACGGAACGGAACAGUGGUUGGUUGGUUGGCUGAUUGGUUGGCAGCCAUCCGAGGGUCCGUUCAGUUCAGUGGCCAUGUGCGGUGUACCCGGUAGUAUAGCGAUCCCCGUCACAUCACCACAACACGACACCGACGACAACGUCAUCUGAACAGAAAAAUAAAAACCGACGCCGCUGUUGUCCCGACGAAUCUUCCAGGCCCUGACCUGACUGACCAUUCGCUCGCUGACCUUUCUGGCAAUCCUCUGUUUGACCUGUUCCCUCUCCCUCUCGUCCGCCCGCUGUGUCUUGAGCUCCUGAAGGUCCACGUUGCCGCACAGCAACAGCUCCCCAGCCCCUAGGACCACCAGCAGUGUCUGGUAGGAAGCUGCUGCAGGACUGCGCAGAGACCAAAACAGAGACCAGACCAGCACAUCAGCAGAUAUCUAGAUGGACUCACAAACGGCUCCAGGACAACCAACACCUUCCUACCUGUUGUUGUCCAGAAAACUGCCGUCGAGGCUGGUCCUGAAGCAGCACGCCAUGGUGGCCACCCGGAAGUCGUCCGACAGUAACUCCGACGCACGGGGCAAACCGAGAAGCUUCAGCUGAGUGCCGCCACACAUACACACACAGACACACACACGCACGACACUGAUUGCCUGCCUGUGUGUAUCGAUGGCCAUCCAUCGGGGGUGGGUGGGUGCGGCGUAGAGUACCCACCAUACCAUGUGUGGCAGGUGGACCUUCCACGAGAACUCCAGCCUCCCACAUGGCCCGUUCUCUGCAGACGAGUUCUCUGAAGCAGCUACGAGGAGCAAAACCAUCACAGUGCCUGAUGUGAUAAAGAAACCAAGCCCACACACACAUACAAAGUCACACACAUCAAGCACAGCACAUCAAGCUCUGCGGACCCUGUGGCGUGGCAGCGAAGAAGAAGUCGCCACAUGCGCUCCAGCAGCAGCAUGACAGCGCCUUCCCGUCAAGCCUGCUGCCCAGAUCUAACCGACAGAAGCCCUCGUUGUGCGACGCUUCUUCCGACGCGGCGGCCGAUGGCAGGGCGUUGAGAUACACCUCUGACGAAGUGAGGGCUGCGAUGAGCUUCCUCCUGGGAUGGACGCAGAUCUGCCAGAUCAGAGCAGAGAAGUUGAAUGAUGCCCCGAGAGGACUUGUUUCAUGUACCUGCAGGAUGUCGUGGCUAGUGUCUGCAUCUCGGCAACGGAGAUGAGCCACGUUCAUGCUG